AUGGACGCAGAGGGGGGGCCCUCCAGCCCGGACCCCCCCCGGGACCCUGAGAGCACCGCCGCAGCCCAUCCCGGCAGCGAGGCACCGGGUCGCCCCGCAAAGCGGCGUCGGAAAGCAGCAGCAGCGCAGUCCAGGAGCGGAGCUUUGGGGCACCCGCGGGCUUUGGGGCCGUUGGAGGAGCUGCUGGGGUUGCGGGGCGGCCGCCUGCGCCCCACCAUCUGCGGGGAGUGCGGGAAGGGCUUCAGCCGCAGCUCGGACCUGGUGCGGCACCGCAUCACCCACACCGGGGAGAAGCCCUACACGUGCGGGGCCUGCGGGAAGGGCUUCAGCCAGAACUCCAACCUGGUCACCCACCAGCGCAUCCACACCGGAGAGAAACCCUACAGCUGCGGGGCCUGCGGGAAGCGCUUCAGCGAGAGCUCGGCGCUCAUCCAGCACCAGCGGACCCACACCGGGGAAAAGCCCUAUUGCUGCGGGGAGUGCGGGAAGCGCUUCAGCGUCAGCUCCAACCUCAUCCGGCACCGGCGAACCCACAGCGACGAGAAGCCCUACAUCUGCGUGGAGUGCGGGGAGGGCUUUCGCCACAAAUCCCAGCUGCGCCGGCACCAGAAGCUGCACUCGGCGUAGGGGGGAAACGGCUUUGGGGAUGGGGAUCAUCGCCAUGUGCAUCAUCCUCAUCCUCGUUCCCAGGAUGGGGACUGCGGGGUGGGUGUGCGGUGCUGGACCCCCCCCCCCCCCCCCCCUAGAAACCCCAAAAGCCCAGAGGGGGAAAGCGGGACGGGGCGUUGGAAGAGGGAACGCAGCGGGGCGGUCGGGACUGCAGCCCAAACCAAUAAAAGGUGCUGGAGCUGCA